AUGUCCAAGACUAUUGAGAUCGCGUCUCAUAAGCAAUUCCAGGACCUUCUUAAGUCCUCCCAAAUUGUGGUGACAGACUUCUACGCAGAUUGGUGUGGUCCCUGCCACACAAUUGCGCCUCUUUACGAACAGCUCUCGGCUCAACUCUCACGUCCGAAUCACAUCACAUUUACCAAGGUCAAUGUCGAAACGCAGACGCAGAUUGCGUCCCAGUUCGCUGUGUCUGCGAUGCCUACGUUUAUGAUAUUCAAGGCCGGUAAAGAGGUAGAGAAGGUGAUGGGUGCCGAUCCACGAAAACUCCAAGAUGUCGUCAAGAAACUUGCUGCAGAAGCUGAAGGUAGCUCCUCUGGAUUUGGAGAGGCGACCGGAAGUGGCAGCAACUGGCGUGUGGGAGGCCUGCCAAGAGGAUAUAGCGAUGUGACGGAUCAGGUUGAUAUCAAAGGCAUGGAGCUGUUGAAUGCAGAUAGCGACUUUGGGACGGUCAGAACUCUGAUUGAACCUGCAAAGCCUACGGGAUUGCAGAAGGGUCAAGCAGCAGCGUCUGCAGGAAAGGACUGGGUCGAGAGUGAUACGGAUGAGCAGCUCAUGUUGUUUAUGCCCUUCCAAGCUAUGCUCAAGGUCCACACACUCCAGAUCACAUCCCUCCCACCUGCCUCUUCUGAAGAUGAUAAAAUCCCCAUGAGACCGAAGACCAUUCAGCUCUAUACGAACCGAGCACACAACCUGGGCUUCGACGAAGCUGAUGAUAUACCUGCCACUCAAAGCAUCACCCUCGAGAGCAAGGACUGGGACGAGACCGGGACCGCGACGGUUUCUCUCCGCUUCGUCAAGUUCCAGAAUGUCACAUCGCUGGUUCUGUUCAUUGUGGAUGGCGAUGGAGAAGGCGAGAAGGUCCGCAUUGAUAGAGUUAGGAUUAUCGGUGAGACUGGGGAGAAGCGAGACCAGGGGAAGCUGGAGAAGAUCGAGCAUUGA